GGAUUCCCUUGGUCAGACCUCUUCUCCCUUGGUAGAUCUACUCUCUCUCUCUCUCUCUCUCUCAAGCCAACUUGCGCCAUGGCUGGUCUGGGUGCACCAUCAUCUCAGCUCGGCCCUCCAAUCCAUGGCGGAAAAGAGGAGAUGACCCUGGAGACGGAGAAGAGCAGCUCCGCGGAAGGCCCCAUGGCGCAGCGAAUGUUACAGAUUCGACAAUCAGUAUCAUUUCAAUUGAGGACGCGGCAGCCCUUAGCUCCUACACCGAUCCGUUGUGUAAUGGAUCUAAAUAAGACUCGAUUUGGUCAAUUUGGGGCUUUGCCCCAAUCCUCGAGCCAACCCUAUGGUGGAAUGUGGAUCCAGAACAUCACAGUAAUGGAUUUUAAUUACUUGAUGGUACAUGAAUUUUCCAUGGUAAAUGAGGAGGAUCACGAAAGACUGGGAGAACCUUCUCUUUCAUUUUGGUGGCAGAGACAUACUUCUGAUGUGGUUACUAAUCAUUUAGUGUGAUCUUCACCUUAUGAUUAACAACGAGGUCUUGAUGUAUUUAGAAAGUUCAGUCAGAUGUGUACAGAUCACAUUUUAUCCUCUUUCCACUUUUUCCCUUUGAGUUUUUAGAUCUGAUGUGUACAUAUUUGGAUUAUAUGCUCGCCUCUCUAUUUUGGACAUGGCACGUGCAUGAGUGAUUCGAAACUGUCCAUGUAUUUGGUUUGCAGAAUGUGUUGAAAUAUAUUGGAUGCUAGAAAAUAAUGUGGGAAAGUCAAGAGUAGUA